GGCGGUAAUGUAAAAACGACGUACUUUGGUUUACGGGUUCAGAGGUGAAAAUUGACGUUUUCCGCUAUACCAGUACCACGAUAGCCAAGAAUGGCAAAGCAUCAUCCAGAUUUGAUCUUCUGCAGAAAACAAGCUGGUGUUGCCAUCGGGAGACUUUGUGAGAAAUGUGAUGGCAAGUGCGUGAUCUGUGAUUCGUACGUGAGGCCUUGCACGCUGGUCCGCAUCUGCGAUGAGUGCAACUACGGCUCCUACCAGGGACGUUGCGUCAUCUGCGGAGGCCCGGGAGUGUCCGAUGCUUACUACUGUAAAGAGUGCACCAUCCAGGAGAAAGAUCGAGAUGGCUGUCCUAAGAUUGUCAAUUUGGGCAGUUCAAAAACAGAUCUGUUUUAUGAGAGGAAGAAGUACGGCUUCAAGAAGAGGUGAAGACACUGACCCAGUCUUCCAUUUGUUGACUUGUAGUUCUGCAAAGUUUUCUUUUAAGAUUCUGGCAACCAAUUUUGUUUAUGGACUUGGUUUGUUUAAUGGUUUCAAUAAAAGAUCUUUUAUAUUCUUGUCCUAA